AUGUUUUUAUGCAUGUCUUCGACAAUAUUUUUCUCUUCGAUAUAUUUAUUAAUUGCUUGUGGUUCAGUGUAUGGAUGGGGUGGAGAUGGUCAUUCUCUUACAGCUGCUAUUGCUCAAACAUUAUUGACUAAUGAAUCAUUAGCUUUUGUUCGUGAUCAUUUACCUUGGUAUACAUCAGGAAAUAUUAGUAUGUUAGCAUCAUGGCCUGAUUAUAUAAUUUAUCCUGAUACAAAUCCUGUUGAUUAUCUUAAUUGGCAAUGGUCUAAAGAAUUACAUUAUGUUGAUACAAAAGAUUGGUCAUGUGUUUAUAAUCGAGACGAAGAUUGUAACUGGAAUACAGGACGACAAUGUGUUGAUGGAUCGAUUCAAAAUUAUACAAUAAGAUUAGCUGAUACACAACAAGAUGAAAUACAACGAAAUGAAGCACUUAAAUUUCUUAUUCAUUUUAUUGGUGAUGUACAUCAACCAUUACACGCUGGUUUUCAAGGUGAUCGUGGUGGUAAUAGUAUUCGAGGUCAUUUCUUUGGCAAAGAAACAAAUCUUCAUUCGCUUUGGGAUAAUAUAAUGAUUGAACGUCGUAUUUCUCAAGAUUUUCAUUCUCAACCAUUAUUAUAUCUUGAUUAUUUAAUUAAUCAAAUGAAAACUCGUUAUGCACAAAAUACAUCCGAUUGGACACAUUGUCCAUCAUCAGAUGAAUCACGUUAUUUAGCAUGUUCUACAUCAUGGAUUAUAGAAGAUGCAAAACUUAAUUGUGAAAUUGUUUAUCGUGAUGAAAAUAAUCAACCAAUGAGUAUUUCAAAAGAAUUUGAUCUUGGUCAAACAUAUUAUAAUACACGAAUGGUUAUUCUUGAACAACGACUUAUUCAAGGUGGAUUAAGAUUAGCAACAGUUAUUAAUAAAAUUGUUCAAUCGAUUACUGAUAACAAUAAAUCAAAUAAGAUAUGUUUUGGAACAAUGAUGCUUUUUAUAGCUCUUGUUUGUUUAUCGAUUGUAACUCUUUCUCUAUUGAUUUAUAGUUUCUUACGACGAAAAACAACAAGAAUAAUGUUAUUACCAACAAUCAAAGACAAGAAUGAAUACAUUCCAGUAGCUUAA